CUGAGUAGCUGGGAUUAUGGGUGUGUGCCACCACAUCCGGCUAAUUAUUUUUUUAAACUGCUGAUUCCAUCCUAUUUUGAAUUCUCCACCCAUGAUCUUGUACUUUGGAAAAGACCAAUCUAGAGCAGGUGGCUCGUCCAGGAAUUUUUGGACCAGGCUGCAGUUUAUCUGUAAAGGGAGGGGAAGAUCAUGGUCACAGCUCUGCAAGGGGGUGCAGACAUUUAGAUUCUCUAUCGAGUUAAGACCUUGCUUUCAUAAGGGCUGGCCGGAUGCUUCUGGUGAACAGGAGAGGCAGGUGGAGCUGAGCCUGAAGCUUAAUAACCAUCUGUUUAUUAGCUCACUUUCCUUGCCUGUUUUGUGCCAGGCACUGUGCUAGGCCUUGUUUGUUCUUCCGACCACUUCCUUGGGAGGAAGAACAAAUCUCCCGUUCGAGCUCCCCGAAGUGGGAAAGAGCCUCACAGAGGCUGCGAUCACACCCCAUCAUCUGACUUCAAUACCAGCAGCACCCCUCUCUUCAGCGCUGACUAUGGCCAGGUGCUGGGCUGAGCUUCUGCCUGUCACAGCACCGCAUCCUGGCAAGAAAUUUAGGGCUUGUAAUGUCCCCAUUUUACAGGCCUCACCUGGACCCAGGGACUCUCGAACGAGGAGCGCAGGCCUAGCCCGACGGGGCGAGUCCCCACGUCCCUGUCCGUUCCAUCGCUCAGUUCCACGACUGGCUAUCCUGCAGCCCCGCCUGUUCGUGGGUGAGUGCGCGCUUCCCUCGGCUCCCCGUGUCACUUUGCAGACGCUCCCCGGCGCCGGGCAUGGGCGCCGCCGCCGUCGGUCCCCGAGCCGGAUUCCGCGCGCGGGAUGGACCCUCGAGUCCGUCCGCGUCCCUCCAUUUGUGGCUGCUGUUUCUGUCCAGUGCCUCUGAGGCGCUCGGCUGCUGGGGUCCGCAGGAAACCACGCCAUGAAUGACCGGACCAGCCGGAGGCGGACAAUGAAGGACGAUGAGGCUUUCGAGAUCUCCAUCCCCUUCGACGAGGCGCCCCACCUAGACUCACAGAUCUUUUACAGUCUGAGCCCCUCUCGGGGAAACUUCGAGGAGCCCCCUGAGGACACGUCCCCUACCCUGGCCCUGAUGAACAGCGUCAAGGCCCAGCUGCACAUGGCCCUGGAGAGGAACUCCUGGCUGCAGAAGCGCAUUGAGGACCUGGAGGAAGAGAGGGACUUCCUGCGCUGCCAGCUGGACAAGUUCAUCUCUUCCGCUCGGAUGGAUGCAGAGGACCACUGCCGGGUGAAGCCUGGGCCACGGCGGAUUGAGGGGGACAGCCGGGGCGGAGCUGGGUGCGAAGCCUCAGACCCCGAAUCAGCAGCCUCUUCCCUCAGCGGAGUGUCGGAAGAAGGCAGUGCCAGCGAGAAAAGGCGGCAGAAGCAGAAGGGAGGUGCCAGUCGGAGGCGCUUUGGGAAGCCCAAGGCCCGGGAGAGGCAGCGGGUGAAGGACGCUGAUGGGGUUCUCUGCCGGUACAAGAAGAUCCUGGGCACCUUCCAGAAGCUCAAGAGCAUGUCGCGGGCCUUCGAGCACCACCGCGUGGACAGGAACACCGUGGCGCUGACCACGCCCAUCGCCGAGCUGCUCAUCGUGGCCCCCGAGAAGCUGGCCGAGGUGGGCGAGUUCGACCCCUCCAAGGAGCGCCUGCUCGAGUACUCCCGCCGCUGCUUCCUGGCCCUGGACGACGAGACGCUCAAGAAGGUGCAGGCGCUCAAGAAGAGCAAGCUGCUGCUGCCCAUCACCUACCGCUUCAAGCGGUGAUCGCGCCGCGUCUCCGCGCCCCGGCCCGGGCCUCCCUCCCCCGUGGACCCGGCCCUCCCCAAGCCCCCGGUGGAUGACCCGCCCCUCUCCCCGCCGCGCCCCUAUCCCUCCUCCUUGCUCCCUGGGUUGAAGGCUCCCUUAGCCGGGUACCUCUCCCGAACGCCGGCGCACCCCUUUCUGCUGGGGCUGCCCAGCCCUGCCCUCGCCGGGCGCCUUCCUCCUGCAGAACCAGGCAGGCGGGUGCCGCCCCGUCUCGGGUGGGGGACUAUACAGACCCCGUCUCUGCUCCCUGCCCCGCUGCCCCGCGGAGGAGCUGCCCACCCGAUUCCCGGACGGACCUCCCAACUCCGCGCGACAGAGAAUUAUUCAGAGACUUUAAAUUAAAAAAAGACCUGAAAAUUUGGAAUAAA